AUGUCUUUACUUGCUGCUAGAUUUUCUACGAGAAUUUUGGCGAGGCCAACUUUGUCAGCUGCUUGCAGGAGUCUUUCGACGACUCCUCUAAGAUGUUAUGCAGCUGCUUUUGAUCGUUCUAAACCACAUUUGAAUAUUGGUACUAUUGGACAUGUCGAUCAUGGUAAAACUACUUUGACUGCUGCAAUUACGAAGACGUUGGCUAGCAAAGGUGGUGCUGAAUUUUUGGAUUACGCUGCUAUCGACAAGGCACCUGAAGAAAGAGCCAGAGGUAUUACUAUUUCGACUGCUCAUGUCGAAUAUCAAACGCAAAACAGACACUACUCUCACGUUGACUGUCCAGGCCAUGCCGAUUAUAUCAAGAAUAUGAUUACAGGUGCUGCGCAGAUGGAUGGUGCGAUUAUUGUUGUUGCGGCCACCGAUGGCCAGAUGCCUCAAACCAGAGAACAUUUAUUGUUAGCCAGACAAGUUGGUGUUCAACAUAUUGUUGUGUUUGUGAACAAGGUUGAUACGAUUGAUGACCCUGAAAUGUUGGAAUUGGUUGAAAUGGAAAUGAGAGAACUAUUGAAUCAUUAUGGGUUUGAUGGUGACAACACCCCGGUUAUUAUGGGAUCUGCUCUAUGUGCCUUGGAGGGAAAGAAGCCUGAAAUUGGUGAACAAGCCAUUAUGAAACUUUUGGACGCUGUUGAUGAGCAUAUUCCUACUCCUGCUCGUGAUUUAGAGAAGCCAUUCUUGAUGCCUGUCGAGGAUACCUUUUCCAUUUCCGGUAGAGGUACUGUUGUCACCGGUCGUGUUGAAAGAGGUAACUUGUCCAAAGGUGAAGAAAUUGAGAUUGUCGGCCACAACAACACUCCAUUCAAGACCACUGUCACCGGUAUUGAGAUGUUCAGAAAGGAAUUGGACAAGGCUAUGGCCGGUGACAACGCCGGUAUCUUGUUGAGAGGUGUCAGAAGAGACCAAUUGAAGAGAGGUAUGGUUUUGUGUAAGCCUGCUACUGUGAAGGCUCACACUAAAUUCUUGGCCUCUUUGUAUAUUUUGACUAAAGAAGAAGGUGGUAGACAUUCUGGCUUUGGUGAGAACUACAGACCACAAAUUUAUGUUCGUACUGCAGACGUUACUGUUGUUCUCAAGUUUCCAGACACUGUCGAAGAUCACUCUAUGCAAGUCAUGCCGGGUGACAAUGUUGAAAUGGUGUGUGAGUUGGUCCAUCCAACUCCGUUGGAACCUGGCCAACGUUUUAACAUUAGAGAAGGUGGGAAGACUGUCGGUACUGGUUUGAUUACUAGAAUAUUGGAGUAA